UUACCACGCUGCACCUUGGUCCUCUCUUUCUCCCGACGACAACCGUUACAAUUGCAAUAAUGCCCUUUUGGUUUUCAGUUGUUCAUGUGUUUGGAGGGGCUUUUCUGGCUUUUAGAUCCAAGUGGUUUAUUGAACAUGCACUCCCUUAAAGGUGAUGUUUUUCAUAUUGUGCAUGUCUAUUUCAAUGAAUAUGUUUAUUUGUAAUGCUGUGAAAAAACAUCCUUUCUAUUCUUUCUGCAUUGAUGUUUGUUGUGGGUUUUGAUGGGUUUUGAUGGGUUUUGAUGGGUUUUGAUGGGUUUUGUGAACUUGUCUCUGUGAAACACUGGGUAGACCUACUAUAGGGAGCGAUAGAGCCAUACAGAAAGUCACUAAGAACUGAAAAGACAUUUGUGUAAUCGUAUCGGUGUGUUUCAUUGUAAAUCCAUUUUUAAACAAGCAAACCUACGCCUGAAUUAUUUAAUCAACUUUGCUUGUUUGUUAUAUCUGUCUCAGACUGUUUCCCUAAAUGGGCCUCGAGAACCUGUGACUUUGAUUAGAUAGAUGUUAUUCUAAUACAGUGUAUUUCCUUAUGGUGAUCGUCUUCUCAGGUUGAACUGGAGUUACAGUAGCUAAUUGCUCAUUUCUAGCUAGUAUCAUCCAUGCAGCAUUUCUUAUGGGAUACAACAUUCUCCCAUUGUACGAUUGACAACAUCACAAUGGUGUAAGUAGCAAAGUUUCACAAUGCGGAAAAGGCAAAUGUGAUUUAUUGCUUCUUUCGCUUUUGAUGCAAUCUCUCACCUCCGAAUCCUGUUGAGCAGCAAUAGACAUGCAAGUGCUACACUUCAAAACAAUGGACAAACGCACAUUUUUUUUUUGCCAGAUUGUGAUGAUACAGAUACAAGAUCCUUAAAACAUCCUAAAACAUUGGCAUUUCUGUCUGACGUCUAGAUGCACAGUAUCUAGUUCUUAAUGAUUAUGAUACCAAAACCAAAAUGACUGAUCAUAUUGUAACUUUAUCUCAUGCAAAUACAUUCUUUAAGCAUGUUUAACUGACUUUCUACAGAAUGUGGUAUGAAAUACUUUGAACAAACGUAGAUGUUUUUGGCAGUUUUAUUGUGUGUGUGUGUGUGUGCAAUGACACAGAGGAAGUGAGGGUGGAGAACCACUAACCACAUUGAUCAAUUCCUUUUUGCCCUGCCUAGUCCUUAGAAGAAACUAACACAGCAGGAGAUAAAGAAACGGUAGAGUACAGCGAUUCACAAAAUAUCAUCAGAAGCACCAUAACAGUAAAGUGAAAAGGCAUGGUUGUUUUAAGUUUCUAUAGGACGCCCAUCCUGUGCUGAGUUUGGAAAUGUUUGGACAGAUUUCUAAUGGUAAAUGUGUGAUGCAGGGUUGAUAUUCACGGGGAAAUGUUUGGCACUGUGUAUGGACUGAUAUGGAUGACCGUCACCAUGAGCUUGUUCAUCUCAACGGGACAUCCCUCGCCCACACCAAUGCCUGACCAGUAUGCCAGAGGACUGGAUUGGUUGAGCCGGUAUGGGUACCUCCCUCCUCCUGACCCUCGCACGAGCAAGCUGCAGACGAAGGAUGGGGUCGAGCAGGCGAUCCGCGAGAUGCAGAGAUUCGGAGGGCUCGAGGAAACGGGCAGACUGGAUAAAGACACUCUCAAUCUCAUGCAGACGCCUAGAUGCUCUCUCCCUGACAUUGUGGGAUCAGAGGACAUGUUGAAAAGGAAGAGGAGGAGGAAGAGAUACGCCCUGUCAGGCCUUCGCUGGGAUAGGACCGACCUGACAUGGAGUGUCCACAGUUACCCAAACCCCUCCCGUUCGACCUCUGUCUUCCGCCCGGACACGGUGGAGGCGAUCCUGACACUGGCCUUCAAGGCCUGGAGUGACGUGGCCCCCCUCAGCUUCCGACAGCUCUCUGGGAGCGACAGAGUAGAUAUGGGGCCCGGAGGGGACAUCCGAGUGUCUUUUACCCGCUCACUCCAUGACGACGGGUACCCUUUCGACGGUAGAGGGGGCACCCUUGCCCACGCCUUCUUCCCGGGGAGGGAUGACGUCGCCGGGGACACGCACUUCGAUGACGAUGAGUACUGGAGCUAUGGAGGGGACAGCAGUAGCACAGACCUCUUCACAGUGGCGGUGCAUGAGUUUGGCCACGCCCUGGGUCUGUCCCACUCCUCCUCGGAUCCCUCCAUUAUGAGGCCCUACUACCAGGGAGCUGUGAAAGACAUCUCCUCCUACAACCUCCCUCUGGAUGACAGGAUGGCCAUUCAAGAGCUCUACGGGAGGAAGGAGAGCAAGCCUACAGUGCACCCUGGUGGCAGUGGUUCAACUCCCAGUCACCCUCGCCUGCCCAGUCCUCCACCUCCAAGGCCAACAAAACACUCGGACCGCUCUUUCCAAAGUCGUUGUGAGGGCGGCUUUGAUGCUGUGGCAAAUAUCAGAGGGGAGGUCUUCUUUUUUAAGGGUCCACAUUUCUGGAGGAUGCAGAGGACAGGUAAUCUUGUCUCCCUCAACCCAGCCCUGAUUAGAAACUUCUGGAUGGGGCUCCCCCCUGAAACCAACAAGAUCGAUGCCGUUUACGAGAGGAAGAGCGAUGGCAUCAUCAUCUUCUUCAUCGGGGCUCAGUACUGGGUGUUCAAAGACAAUGUGGCCCGCCCCGGCUACCCCAGGCCUCUGGCAGAGUGGGGGAUGAGGACCAAGGACGGCGAAAAAGUGGAAAGAGUGGAGGCUGCCUUCGUGUGGGCCCACAACGGGAAGACCUAUCUAUUCAGCAUGGGUGAGUUCUGGAAGUUCGACGAGGGCCGAAAGGAGGAGGGGAGGAAGCCGGAGGGGGGCUACCCCAAAGACGCAGCCCUCUGGAGAGGGGUGCCAACGGACCCCGAUGACAUCAUCAGCUGGGGAGAAGGAGAUGCUUACUUCUUUAAGGACAACCUCUAUUGGGUCAUGCAGAGAGGAGGACUGGACCAAGAUAAUGUCUCUCCAAAAUCCAUUGCGGUGGAUUGGCUCAGGUGUCCACAUGUACCCACACCUACACCCCACCUUCCAGCCAAUCCUCAUCCAAGGGGAAAAGACUGCAGCUGUGACUUGAGCAGAGCAUCUGCAAUUCCCAUUUGCAGUUGGUUGAUCCUGCUAUCUGUCGUGGUAGUAUUCAGCUGAUUUGUUUUAAAUUAACAAGUUAAUAAAAUUUGUAAAACACA